UCCUCCUGGCACCCAAUAAAGAUACGAAUUAAAGGAAACUAACUUUAGAAUUGAGGUUUCCUCACCCAUCGUGUGGCCUGUUCUGUCAGAUCUGCGACCACCACAUUCCAGUCCCCGAGCAGCUGAUCCCAGUUUAUCCAGAGGAGCAGAUGGGGAUGGAGAGGAGGGAGGGCCCAGAGAACACGCACGGCACUGUUGGUGGCCUUGCAGCAGGACCAGCCUGCGAUCCUCUGGGCAGAGGCAAAGGAACAGCAUCCUGCAGGGCAGGGAGAGCUGGAGCAGAGGGCGUGCCCACAGGAGGGCCCUGCGGGUGGUGCUGGUGCCCCUGGCCUCAGGCUGCAGGGCCAGGCCUUGUUGCCUGGUGUCCCGGAGGUGCGCCCAGAGCUGUGUUGCUGCAAACACACGUCCGCGUCUGCAGACAGAAGUGGCUUGAGAACAGACCCAUCCUGGAGCAAGAUUCCCGUCCCAGAUGUGAGGUGGGCGCGCAGACUACAGAGGAGGUGGGGACCGUGCCCACUGGCAGAGGUCAGACGGGGAUGGCCUCACUCCGGCAGCCACAUCAGGUAAUUGUGAAAUGCACUGCGAAUGCCCCAGCCAUGGAGGCUUUCAUGACACCAAGGACUCCCCUGCCUCUUGUGUGUUCUGUGUCCUGCCUGCCGGAUCCACCAUCCUCUGGAUCCUGCAGUGUCCUCGAUGCUCCACCAGAGGGAGGCACUGUGCCAAGGCCAGGAGGAGAGCUGCCGUGGACACUUCCGCAGCAAACAUUCUCCUCCAGCCACGAUGGGCACUGCUGCUAUGGCCUGAUCCCUGGAGUUCAAACAGCAUCUGUGGAGUUCCUGAAGAAGGCUUCCUUUCCUGCCAAUGGAAACCUUUUCUGCAGCCCAGCUCCAGGACACCGGCCUUGCAGUGAUGGCCCGUGCUGUUACAGGAGAAGGAGCCCAGCAUGGCCUGUGGAGGCGAGGACGGCCUGGAGGAGGCCCUGCUGCCCUCAGUGGCACCCUCAUCAGCUCCUCCUCUCGCUGGUAGAUAAGCUGCAUGUUUGUCCAAGAAUCCUGGGAACUAACUUGAAAACAUACAGAGUGUGUCCUUCAGUCAUCCCAGUUCCCAGGGAACUGCUGACCUUCCGCCCCAGAGCCAGCAUGAUGAGGACCAGCAUGACGCACACCAGACCAUCACUUGACAGGUUUCAAGAUGCUUAUCGGCGUGUACCGUGCUGGCCACCACGUACCACUUUGCAACCCCUGCCCUCGAUGUCUUUGUUCUGCUUUCCUCUCUCUGCCUGUAAAAUCCCUGCCUGCACUGAGAUGGGGUCAUGUGGCGAUGGGCUUUGAGACAAGAGUCCCUGUUUUCCCAGGUGUCCCACACUCAAUGGACCACUUUGCUUUUCACCAGCAUCUGUCUCAGGAGUUUACCUGGCCGAGGUAAAAAAAAAUAUGACUUUAAGAAAUGGGAAUGACAUAGGAAAAUGCUCAUGUGCCAAGGGCCAAAUAUAAAAAUAAAACACCAUGUAGAAAAGUCUUUGUGCAUUAUAAUCAAGUACAGUGUGGCCUU